AUGUCUGCUCCUCCUGUUCCCUUCAACCGCCUCAAGCAGAUUGCUACCGAUGUCUGCAGCAAAGCGAUCGGUAGCGCCGAGUUCUACGACCACGCAAAGACGGAGCAAUGGAACUCUGCCAUCAUCAAUUCUAUGCUCAAGGCCGUCAUCUCCGAGUCAACACCCCAAGGAGCUUCCGCCCCAUCAUUCAAAUUCGCAUGCAACAGCACCAUCGUGCAGCACCUCGUGCCCACUUCCUCACUGAACAAGGCCCGCGGCGGAACCGAGAUCAAAGGGCAGCCUCACAUCUCGACGAGCUCCGAGGCCACGGCCACCGAUGGCAAACCUCACGUCGGUCGACGUGGUAUGCACAGCGCCACCGGCGCCUACUGGGACGAGAAGAAGGAUGGCAUGUGGACCUUCAAGUAUGACGGGGGUGAGGGCAAGGGCAUGGACGUGGUCAUUAUGCUCAUCUGGAUUGGCAUCUAA